GCUCGUCCACUCUCUUCACUGAAAACUAUGCCAUAACAAUCACACGCCGGAAGAAUCCCCGUCGAUUGUAGUCUUAACCAAUCUCCGAUCUGUUCUCCCUAUCACCCCCGGUGCAUUCUAGCAUGGACCCGGAGUCGGAUUAUGACCCGCCCUCCGAUCCCCUAACCAACGAGUUCGGCACCAUGGACGACCUGGCCCACGACCUGAGCUCGCUCCAGGACCUGGCGGCCCGCGGCUCGUGGCGCACUAUCCUCGACAAGGUCGCGGGCGCGCGCGCCCUCUCGCUCCUCCGCAAGCCCCACGAGCACCUCACCUACCUCUCCUUCCACGUCCUCGCUCUCGCCAAACUGCGCCGUUUCAACGACGCCUCCGCCGAGCUCGACUCCCUCGAGGAACUCGACGGAUCCCACUACCAAUACCAAUCCUACCCCUCCCUCUACCCCAACCGGUCCGGUUCCAUGGUGCCCUUCUCCCUCCGGUGGCUCCUCGCGCUCAUCCCAGUCAAACUCGGUCAACGCCAGCUCGGCCUCGACCGCUUCUAUAUCCUCCUCGAUUUCGUUCGCUCCAAAGUGAAAGAGAAGGAUGGCGUUUCCGUGAAUAUCUGGAAGAAGAGGGAGGUUCUUGUGAUCAACGCGAUAAUCGGACACCAUUUGGGGAACAAAGAGUUCUCUGUGUGCUUGGAUCUGAUGCACCAUUUGCUCAAAUCCGAUUUCUCAAACCCUAUAUUGUGGUCGAAGCUCGGGUACAUUCAGAUGCAGAUUGGGGAUUUGGAGAGCGCAAAGAGCUCGUUCAAUCGCGUCGAGGCGUUGAUGAAGGAGGGCAAUUGUGAGGGGCUACUGAGCGAGAUCGAGUUCAAGAACCUGAUCGGUAGGAACAAGGCAAUGGUGUACAUGGUAGGGAAGGACUACGUGUCGGCGGUGAGGGAGUUGGAGGAGUGCAUUGAGAGGGACCCCAUGGACGCGGUGGCCAUCAACAACAAGGCGCUCUGCUUGAUGUACUUGAGGGACUUGCCGGAUUCGAUCAAGGUGCUGGAGAAUGCGCUCGAGAGGGUGCCCACCGUGGCGCUCAACGAAACGCUCGUCGUCAAUCUGUGUAGCAUGUAUGAGUUGGCUUAUGUUAAUCACUCCGAUACCAAGAGGACGCUCAGUAAUUGGAUCUCUCGGGUUGCCCCCGAUGACUUUGAUACGACCUGCACUCGGAUUUAGAGGUACUUAUUUCUCGUUUGCAUGCCUUUGCCGUUUGAGUUUGUUUUUAAGCAUGCAUUACACUCACAUUGUUUGGAUAAUUUGUAUAUAACUAUGGAAUUGGUACUAAAACCUUGGGUUCAAUGUAUUUUCUGGUCGAAUCUUUCAUCCGGGUCUUUGUUAUGGAAUUUCUCAUGUUACACAGAGCUAGAGUGGCUAAUUUCUUAAAUAUAGGAUAAUAUUAGUGUUUGUCACUUCAAGUGCUGAAUUGGUUUCAAUCAGCUAGAUGUGGAUCGUAGAAUUAUUCUUGUAAGGCCUUAUUUGGCCCAAAUUUCCAAAUUAUGUAUUGAACUGAUUGGUGUUUCGGUAUAUGUUAUGCUUUUAGCUUGUA